GUGGGCGGCCGUGCGCGGUGACGGCCCGCGUCCCUGUUACUCAGCGGAGCUGUGGCGGCCGGACGACGCGGCCGGGAUCGCGGGCCCGCGAACGGCACCGGGUAACGGCCGCGAGGACCGUCCUGACGGCGCCCGCGCCCCCGGCUGGCUUCCGCGUCGUCGCCGCCCGCGCGGCCGGCCCCCAAAUUCAAUGUCGGAGCAGCAGGACCUCGGACAGCUUGGCAAAUUGCAGUGGGAUCUCGGCAACCCGCGAAGGGACCUCGAAACGUGUUCCCGCUCACCUUGUGUGAGUAGAGCCAGACUCUUGUAUGAACAUGCUGCAGGUGACCUGUUGGUAGCAGUUUGGAGUUUUGCUGUGUUAAGAGAUAGUUGGAUGUCAGCUGCUGUAUCUUUUUAAGAAGUCUGAAAGAAAUUUGAAUCUACUAAGUUGACUUCAUGAUCUAUCGGUGGUUUGGGACUCAGUUCGGAAACUGCCAUAUAGGAUUGAAAAACACUUGGUGAAGUUUUGGAUGAAGCCAUUAAAUUAAUUGCUUGCCACCAUGAGCAGAAGCAAGCGUGACAACAAUUUUUAUAGUGUAGAAAUUGGAGAUUCUACGUUCACAGUCCUGAAACGAUACCAGAAUUUAAAACCUAUAGGCUCAGGAGCUCAAGGCAUAGUAUGUGCAGCUUAUGAUGCCAUUCUGGAAAGAAAUGUUGCAAUCAAGAAGCUAAGCCGGCCUUUUCAGAAUCAGACUCAUGCCAAGCGGGCCUAUCGAGAGCUGGUUCUUAUGAAAUGUGUUAAUCACAAAAAUAUAAUUGGCCUUUUGAAUGUUUUCACACCACAGAAAUCCCUUGAAGAAUUUCAAGAUGUUUACAUAGUCAUGGAGCUCAUGGAUGCCAACCUCUGCCAAGUGAUUCAGAUGGAACUAGACCACGAAAGAAUGUCCUACCUUCUCUACCAGAUGCUGUGUGGGAUCAAGCACCUUCACUCUGCCGGGAUUAUUCACCGGGACUUAAAGCCCAGUAAUAUAGUGGUAAAAUCGGACUGCACUUUGAAGAUCCUCGACUUCGGGCUGGCUCGGACUGCAGGCACGAGCUUCAUGAUGACGCCCUACGUAGUGACGCGCUACUACCGAGCGCCCGAGGUCAUCCUGGGCAUGGGCUACAAGGAGAACGUGGAUUUAUGGUCUGUGGGGUGCAUUAUGGGAGAAAUGGUUUGCCACAAAAUCCUCUUUCCAGGAAGGGACUAUAUUGACCAGUGGAAUAAAGUCAUCGAACAGCUUGGAACACCGUGUCCUGAGUUCAUGAAGAAACUACAGCCAACAGUAAGGACUUACGUGGAAAACAGGCCUAAAUAUGCUGGCUACAGCUUUGAGAAGCUUUUCCCCGAUGUGCUUUUCCCGGCUGACUCAGAGCACAACAAACUGAAAGCCAGUCAGGCAAGGGAUUUGUUGUCCAAGAUGCUGGUGAUCGAUGCGUCUAAAAGGAUCUCCGUGGAUGAGGCCCUCCAGCACCCCUACAUCAACGUGUGGUACGACCCCUCCGAGGCGGAAGCCCCACCACCAAAGAUCCCUGACAAGCAGCUAGAUGAAAGGGAACACACGAUAGAAGAGUGGAAAGAGUUGAUAUACAAGGAAGUGAUGGACUUGGAGGAGAGAACCAAGAACGGAGUUAUCCGGGGGCAGCCCUCUCCUCUAGGUGCAGCAGUGACCAGUGGCUCUCAGCAUCCAUCGUCAUCGUCGUCUGUCAAUGAUGUGUCUUCGAUGUCCACAGAUCCGACUUUGGCCUCGGACACCGACAGCAGUCUCGAGGCGUCGGCCGGCCCUCUGGGCUGCUGCAGAUGACCACUCGGGCCUGGGGUGGGAGGGGGGCGGCUAGAGAACAAUUCAGUGGUCUUAUUUUUGAGUGAUUUUUCAAAAACUGUAGAAUUCAUUUUGUAGUAAAGUAGUUUAUUUUUUUUAAUUUUAAGUGAUGUAAUUUAAAACCUAAGUUGUGUUUUACAACAGCAACGAAACUGUAUUGUAUUUUUUGCUGUAAUUAACUGUAUAAUGUAAACCUAAUUAUUUUAUCUUGAUUUAAAUUUUUUGCAUAUUUGCUUUACCUUAUGCUGCUGAUUUUUUUUACUGAAUUUGUAAGAUUUUGUUUAUCAAAACAACUAUUAUGUGGUGACUUGCCUAUAUCAUGAAUUAUUUAAGAUUUUUAUAGUUUUUUUAUUAGAGUUUAUUUCAGAUGUUUUGUUCAUGAUGCUAUCCUUCAGGGUUAUGUGCUUAUCAAUGAACUAACCCAGAGGAGUGUGGGAAAAUAACCUGUAGCCAGUUAGAUGCAGGAAUCACUACUGUUUUGAUGAACGUGUCGGGAGGCCUCCAGUGUUUGCUACUUGCCGGCCCUAGCUUAGUAACAGGAACAGGGAGGCGACCUGCCUGAGUUGAGCAGCGCCCGCCCGCCAUCUGACGGCAGGCAGCACAGUGCAGAGCGUGUCUGGGAAGCCCCUGGGCAUGCACCAGCACCACCUCCUCAGGCUCCACCCGCCCACCAGAAGGCAAGUCCCGGCUCACGGUGUAUGUUGCAGAUUUGUGGCAUGCUCAAGUUUAUUAUUACAUAAAAGUCAAGAGGAUACUUCAUGAAUAACACAUUUCAAUGCAAAUAAACAGACGGUUCACUUCCUAGCUAUGAGCCUGUUUUUGUACACACUGAGUUAGUCUCAGGCUGUAGGUCUUGGCAGUGGUAUAGAGUCCGGUCUUUCCCUUGCCUGCAGCCUACGGCCCUUGGACCUUCUGGUUUCCUGUUUCUUGGAGGUCACUCAGUUAAGCACCAGUUCUCGUGGUGCUUCUGGCCAUUUUACUCUACCUGUAGCCUGAUCACUUACACAUAGUAGCUGUCAGGGGUUCCGGAGCCCCCUAGGGUUGCGUAGGUGACGUAUCAAUGAGCAAUAUGCCUCCCGUUCAUCUGAAACAGUACACACAGCCAUAUGUAGGGAUCGUUUUCUGAGGACUGUUCAUCCGAGCUGAGCAGAGUGGGCACAGUGGUGGUGAUUUAGUUUGAGUCUGAUUCCGGCGUGAGCUGCGCUGUGCAUGUGGAUUGGCAGUGUCAGAAGGGUGCUGCUGCUGACAGUGUGUUACCUGUUUACAUUGCGUAUCUGCAGAGCUGCUUCUCUGCAGCUGACCGUCUCCUGAGUAAAGUGUCUUUGCUGGCUCAUUGUUUGUGAAACACAGUGCCGUAGUGGCCCCAGGACCGUGGGGUUUUGUGCAGUGGACUGGGAAGUGCAUGCUGACGCAGUGGUGGGUUCUCAGCGGGAGCAAGAGCAGUGCGACAGGUGCCUGCGAGUGGCUUGGCAUUUUAGGGUGCAGUUAAGGAAAGGCUGCCUCUGAGUCCUUUGGUCCUUGUCAGUGUGCCACAUGGAAGACUACACAAUACGUUAGCCUUUUUUACAGACUUUGAAAUAGCAGGUGUGCUUCUGAUGGUUUGAGUGAUGGUUUCCAGCCUCCCAGCCUGUACAUCAAUCCCUUUCUACUCACACAACAUGGUGCAUUUAUUUUAUUAGGGAAAUUAGCAUCUUGACACUCUUAACACCUCGAGUUGUGUAAAUGGGAUUGAACGCAUGGUUUUAGCCAACUUGUAGCAUGAGUGUGUCUUCGUUGGUAUUGGUUUCACAGUGAAUGUGCUUUAUUUUCUCAAGGGUAGGCUGUGUCACUGUUGCACACUAACAGCUGACGUGCUUUCAGAAGGGGUUCUGGUUUGGUUGCUAAGAAGCCAUCUCUGCCAGCACAGCGCGGGAAACCCGGCGUGUUGACUGUAAAUGCCAGCUCCCACUUGCCGCUUGUCACGUCUCAGCCGAAUUCCAAGGAAACGCCCUUAGUACUUACUGUGGAAUCCCAGGCACAUUACAUCCUAAAAGCAAAGUCUGUCUUUUAAAUGUUGCUUGCCUAGAUUUUUACAGUACUCUGUACGUGCAGCUUGCCCUCGUAAGUCUGUUAAGCUGAGCAGGCAUUGGGUUUUUUUUUAGAAUCUUAAAGCAUCUUAAACAUUUUUUUAAUUACAGGUAUUUAUGUCAGAAAAUAACUUGUGUUGAGCCACUUCUCCUCUGAUUCUGGCUUGUCAGUGCACUCAGUGGACAUUCCCACUGUCUAGUGGCAGGCAGCAAGUUCCCGAGAUUGGCCACUCCCCGUUGUUGUUAGGAAAGUGGCCCUGAGCCUCCUGUUUCCUGGUGACGGUUCUCUGACCUGCUUGGAGCAGAGUCGUGCUGUUGGGGGCGCCCGACAGGAGUGCACAGAAGCAGAGCAGCUGGCUCCUUUCUGCUGCCCGCCGAACCGUGCCUUCAGCUGCAGGCCGCUCGGUGCGUUCCCAGCGGAGGCGGGAGUGCGGCUCUCUAGGAGGACCUUGCGGGGUGCACCCGUGGGCCAGUAUGGAGCUGUCGGUGGCGUGCAGAGCGGCCGUCCCUCAGAAGCCUUGGUGUUGCUCUGUUCCCUGCUGAUCUCGCCGUGCUGUCCACACAGAUGACGGCAAGGAGGACACCAGUGUCAGACAGGGAAUCCGCAGGGGGCAUGCAGAGCUGCUCCCGGGGCUCAGCCUGCCACCAAGGGAAGACCUGGCUGUCCGGCCAUUGGCCUGCAGAACACGGGGGUACAAACAGCCUCUUCUGGAGUGCACUGUGGUAGUUCGUGUGUGUGUGUGUUGUCCGUUAGUCGCACGUUAGCUGUAGAGUGGAUGCAUGACGCCCCGUGACCCCAGCGAGGUCCCCACACCAGUAGGCAGCAAAUGAGCACCACCUUCCAGCACUGGCAGCCCCCUGGGGUCUGGCCCCUGCGCAGUGUGUGGCAUUUCAGCCGAUCCCUCAGCUUCUUCCUGCAUCCGAGGAAACUCAUCUGUUCUUAACAAGUAUCGGGAAAGAUAAAAGGUAAAGGGCAUUGAGGUGAAAUGUGUAGUUUGGGGUAAGAUUGGAAAAGGCGAGUCCUAAUGAAUUUCACAGUGACUGCUAGGCCGGGCGUGGUGGCGCACGCCUGUGCUGGCCUGUAAUCCCAGCACUCGGGAGGCUGAGGCAGGAGGACUGCUGCAAGUUCUAGGCCAGCCUGAAUUGCAGAACAAGGCUUUUGUCUCAAUAAAAAUCAAAGUCCUGUCUUAGUGAAGCGCUCCUCAGGAGAGUGCAGUAGGAGUCACACUUUCUAGCCAUUUCUGAUUUAGGCUCUCUGCAUUACAGAAACUUCUGGAAAAUAUUACCUGUGGAUUAGCAUUGCACAAUGUUCUGCUCUCACAACAACUUAAAAUUGAGCUAGGUUUUAUUGAACUACCUCACACUGAUUUUCUAUGCUUUCCCAAGUAAGCUGUUGCCCUUACUGUUAGAUCUUCCCUGAGUGUGACUUAGGAGUGUGCGCUGAAUACUUUAUAGCGAAAUACCAGUAAGUGUAAGAUACAGACCCUGCAUCGGUUAGAGACACGUGUCAACCCUUCCGCGCCGUGUAGCCUGGAAGACUGUUAGGCGUGCUUGUCAGCGUUAUUACUGUCUGUUUUUGUAAGUAGAAACCUGCUCGUGAUCAGUCCAUUCUUUACAUUUUACAAAAGGAAUAAAUCUUAGUAAAUUUUACGAAGAAAUAAAUUACUUUUGUAGGCCCAAUAUUUGGUAUAUUUUUGAGAAGCUGUUAAUCUCAUAGCCGAAUGGUACAGUUAAACUGCAGUAGCUGUCUCCCUGGGUGUGACAUCUGCGUCCUCAUCGCGGUCUCCGGGUCGGUGGGCCCUUGCACCUGGCAGCCUCGGUAAGGUUGGCGUCCACUUCUCCCCCCUCCCCGCCCCUUCCCCGCGUGCCAUCCGCCCCCUCCGCUAGACGAACGGAGUGGGGCGAUUCGUAGGGAAUGCUGAACUCCUCGUCGUGGGUUUAAUCAUCCGUGCCCGUCCCCCAACAUGCGCCACUGGAAUGUAAACAGUGUUACCCGUAUGUCAACUCGUUACCUAUUUUAAAUAAAAAACAAAGAAGUGGUAUGAAAA